AUGGGAAGUUUAUUAAAUCUCAAUUAUUACGAUGAAGAAGAUGAACAACAACAACUUGUUAAUGACGGGUACGAUUACGAAGAAACUGGAAAAAUCACUGAUUCCAAAAACGUAAGUAAAUCUAUAUCUCAAGCAAUAGUUCAUAAUUCUGCAGAAUCACCUAUUAAAUCACAGUCACAGAAUAAAUCUUCCCAGAAACCAUUAACUCCAUCCCCUUCAGUAUUUUCUAAUUUGGUUCGCCGAAAAAGCAACAACUCAACACCUCAUAAACAACGCGAUGGCGAAUCAUCUCUAUCAAAAUUUGAGGUUAAAUCUUUUUCACCAUCAUCACAACAAGAUAUGACUGAUCGAUUAGGAAAGAAUAUCGAUGAUAAUUCAUUAAUACCAAUGGAUAUUGAAAUAGUAGAGGAUGCACAACAACAAGCAGCGAUGCGACAAUUAUUGACACCUAAACCUAUUGAAGGUAAAGACAAUUGGGGAAUUUUAACAGAACCAGAGACAGAAUGUGAUCAAGCAUUAAAGGAAAAAAUUGCACAUUUUCAUAAAUUGAAAAGCAAAGGUAUCCUCUUCAAUGAAAAUCUUCAGAAGAAUAAGGCUUUUCGUAAUCCACACAUAUACAAUAAAUUGGUGGAAUUUGUGGAAUUGGAUGAAAUUGGAUCAAAUUUUGAUAGAGAAAUAUUUGAUCCUUAUGGAUAUCCACCCGAAGCAUUUGUAGAUCAACUCGCGGAAAAGCAAAAGAGACAAGCAGAGGAACGAGCCGCAGCACAACAACAACAGCAAAGGUCACAAAUACAAUUUGUAGGAACAAAUUCUAGUAGUCAAAGUAUUUCCAAAGCUCGUCACGUAAUGCAAAGUCUUGCAGCAAGAGCAGAAAAAGGUUCAUUAACAGCUGCUGUUGCUGCUAAUUCUGCUAGGAAAAAACGUGCUAGUAAAUGGGAUGUACCCGCACCAAAUGUAGAGUGA